GUUGAGCACGCACGAAGUCACAGGACUGGGAUGGUUUCAAAGUUGCCACUUCGCACUAAAAACUCUCCGCUGCGCAAAUGGAUCAAAAAACGAGGCGUUUAGAUGCGCGUUAACUUGUUUGUGGAUUUACGCACAGGCGGGCUUAUUAGCGGCACAAAGAAAACUUUUGGUGACUUCUGUGUAUAAGUGCGUGUGCCUGAGCGCACGUCACGAUUGAGCGCUUCUUUUGCAAUGGCGCAACGUUUCUCCAAAUAGACUGAAUUUUUUCAUGUGACUUUUACCCGAAUCCUAAGAGAUAAAUUCGUCCAAUCGUCUGAGGGAUGGCAGCAGCCACCUCCAGUCCGUAUCUGAACAGCAGCAGGAUUCUAUCGUCCGGCCCUGUCAUCCAUUCUGACCGGAGGAGCGGUGGCAUGCAGCCCGGCAGCGUUGCCGUCACCACGGCUGGAUACAGAGGAGACCCUCCGGUUAAGAUGGUGCAGAGUGACUUCAUGCAGGGCGCAGUGGUGGCGAGCAGCGGGGGCCACGUGUUGAGCCACGCGCACCAGUGGGUGACAUCUCUGCCGCACGCAGCAGCUGCAGCAGCAGCCGCGGCUGCGAUGGCUGCAGCCGAGACGAACUCUCCGUGGCCUCCCGGCUCCCAGCAGCAGAACGGAAAGAGAACCGGCGGCGGGGAGGAGCUCCACUCGGGCUCAGCUCUGCACCACAGGUCUCCACACAUGGGGCCCCAUCAGGCACAUCCGGGAAGCUGGGGAGGCAUCACCGAGGGCCAGCAGCAGCAGCAGCUCGUUUACUCUCAGCCCGGUGGCUUUACGGUCAACGGGAUGCUCAGCUCGCACGGGGCGCAGAGUCAAAUGCACCCGGGGCUGGUGCGCGGAGAGUCCCCAGAGCUGGACCAUCACCAUCAUCACCACCACCACGCGCACCAUCACCAGCACCACGGGGUGAACCACGACCCACACUCAGACGAAGACACGCCGACGUCUGACGAUUUGGAGCAUUUUGCCAAACAGUUCAAGCAGCGCCGGAUCAAGCUGGGCUUCACGCAGGCGGACGUGGGUUUGGCGCUCGGUACCCUUUACGGCAACGUGUUCUCACAGACCACCAUCUGCAGGUUCGAGGCGCUGCAGCUCAGCUUUAAGAACAUGUGCAAGCUCAAGCCUCUGCUCAAUAAGUGGCUGGAGGAGGCAGAUUCCACCACGGGGAGUCCCACCAGCAUCGACAAGAUCGCCACGCAGGGCAGAAAGCGCAAAAAGCGCACGUCCAUCGAGGUGAGCGUCAAAGGCGCGCUGGAGAGCCACUUUCUCAAGUGUCCCAAACCCUCUGCGCAGGAGAUCAACUCUUUGGCGGACAGUCUGCAGCUGGAGAAGGAGGUGGUCAGGGUCUGGUUCUGCAACCGCAGGCAGAAGGAGAAGCGCAUGACGCCGCCAGGACUGCCGCGCACACCGGAGGACGCGUAUUCGCAGGUUGGCAUGGCUCCGGACACACCGUCCCCCACCAUGGACUGCAAGAGAAUGUACAGCGACACGUGAAGUAGACACGAUGCGUUAAAGUGUUUCCAAGAAGAAGAAGAAAAAACGUUACUUUACCACCUUAUAUGCAUUUUCGGGUCUAUUUUUCUGCACUAUGAACCGCCACAUGGAAAAUCUGACCAGUUGAAUUUUUUGAUCACUUGCAUAUAAAUUGAUGCGACUAAAUUCUGUGAUCAAAAAA